CAAAAGUUCCAUGAGCCCAUAACGUACGGUUUCCCUUACCCACUUCCACCACUCUUAGCUGGUCACACCUCUCCUUACGAGAUUUUCGAGUCGAACUCGACAUCCGAAUUACAUUCCUUCAGAAUCCUACCUGUCCUUUCUGCAAAUCAUUGGGUUGCUUCAAAACCGACGACCACGACGACGACGAUGGCGCACGAGAAGCUUCAACAACGACGUCUCCACCAACAGCACCGUAGGCAGGUCAUGGCCUAUGGUGGCGACGAGGUCGAUUCUCCUGGCGCUGGCAGCGGUGAUGACCCUCGGUUCCUUACAGGCCCUGUUACGAUCGUGGUCACUAGAACGAUCUCGAGGCCUUUGGAGGCUAUCACCAGUGUCCCCGUUCAAGCCCCGACGCUGCUCCCAACCACCUCCAUCAAUCGAUAUCCCUAUAUUAGUUCAAGCUCUAGCGAGACGCAGCUGUCCAGCCCAACAGUCGGACCUGCGCCGGCAGAGCCCACCGACGCACCAGCGUCAGCCCCCAGCAUUGCCAACGAUGGCGCUGGUGGUUCUGACAACCAAUCUACCCAAGUCCCUGAACCUGUUUCUGGCAGCACCAGACCACCCAGCUCCCUCCCUUCCGGGGCAGUGAUUGGCAUCGUCAUUGCUGGAAUCACUCUCCUCAUCGCCCUCAUCGUUUACUUCGUCCGCCGUCGAUACGUCCAGCGACGAAUUAGGUUACGCAAGGACUGGGCCCAGUCCAAAUCUCUCAGGCCCGGCCCAGUGACCACACCUGCCUUUGCGACUCCCAUCGCGGACACGUAUGCUUCUCAGCGACGACAAGUUGCUCCCUUCGACGAUAGAGAACCUGAACAGAUGCAAGCGCGAAACCCCCUUGCGGCAUCGCUGCCUCCCUUGGUUAUACCCCCACCGCCCACCUCUUACGGGAUGGAGUACACUGCGCUCUCCCCCAGCGCUCGUCCAAUUCCUUACGCCACCUCGGCCCCACCCAAGUCAACGAGUCCCACCAAGAAGUUGCUAACUCCAGUCUACGGCCCUCCUUCGGCAGUCCUGGAAACUCCGGUCGUUGCCACCGUCGUCUCGACGUUCAUCACCACGCUUCCUGACGAACUGCAAAUCACUGUCGGAGAAUCGAUCCACAUUCUCUCCGAGUUUGAUGACGGAUGGGCGAUGUGCACAAACGCGAAGGGGGAGCAGGGCAUGGUGCCUUUGGAGUGCUUGGAUAAUGGAGGCUUGGUUAACCCCGAAAAUGUCACUCGGACUUUGGGAGGGAAUUUGAAGAGGAUCAGCAGCCUUCAGCCUCAGCUUAUGGUCGGGAGAAGGUUUUAGGACGGUACGGCGAAUUUGCUUGGAUCAGCUGGGAACAUAUACCCUCGCUCUCGGACCGUCACGAUGUUUCGAUUUCCUGUGAUGCUCUGCACGAACUUCUAUGAUUAUCUUGAUGCUUUUGUACGUCUUUGAGCUGUAUCACUUUUCGACUGCACUUGUUUCUGUAUUCUCUAUUGGGCUUUUGGCUACUGUACAUGUACUGGAUUUUUAUUGUUGGGA